AUGAGUAAGGCAGCACCAAAAGCAAAGACCUCCUGGGAGAAGGGAGUCAAGGUGAUUUUCAAUCAUCCAGAUGAGUCUUGGGUGGUGGGAGAGAUUAAGGAAGUAAAUGAAAAGAUGGUAACCAAUAAGAUAUCCACUCCUUUCCUGUGUAAAUCUGUUUCAGGCAGUGAGGCUUGGGUGUCCGAGCAAGAUUUGAACAUGUACAAAGAUGAAAUUAUCACCGCAAAGAACGAUGACCUCUUGGAUAUGAUUGAGUUGAAUGAGUCUGCUCUUCUGUUUUGUAUGCAUAACCGUUUCAAAGAAGACCUUAUAUAUACUUAUAUUGGAGGCUUGGUAGUCUCUCUUAAUCCUUUCAAAUGGACUAUUCCUUACUGUAAAGAUGAUUACAUGAUCAAUUAUAUUGAAAAGAAGAAGAAUCUUGUCCCUCAUUGCUGGCAUAUAGCGGAUAAGGCAUACAGAGCGAUGAGGCAAGGAGAAGGUAAUCAAACAAUUCUUAUUUCGGGCGAGUCAGGAGCAGGAAAAACCGAGGCAUGUAAAACCGUAAUCAAAUACCUAUGCAAGCUUUCAUCCUCCAUGACCCACGAUAAGAGUGUUAAGGAGGCGGCAGAUGCUAUCGGUGUCAAAAUUCAACAAGCAUCACCAAUCUUGGAAGCCUUUGGUAACGCUAAAACGAAAAAUAAUGACAACUCAUCUCGUUUUGGUAAAUUUAUCAAGCUUCAAUUUGAUAUGCAUGGUAUCAUUAAGGGAGCAGUAACAGAAAACUAUUUACUUGAGAAGUCUCGUCUUAUGAAACAAGGUCCGAAUGAACGAUCUUACCAUAUUUUCUAUCAGAUAUUAGCUGGUAUGGAUCCGGAAAAGAAAAAAGGAGUUGUUUUUAACAAAAGCAGAAGAUUACGACAGUAUCAUGAAAGGAGGCUGCUCCAAAGUAGAAACAAUUGA